AUGAGUGAAACCGAACCUGACUUUCCCAUAGAGAACACCUCAAAGGCCGAGAAGUAUGAACGUUGGACUGCUUCCAACAACAAGGCCAAUGCAUACAUGCUCGUCAACAUGUCAAAAAUGCUAAGGACUAAGAUGGAGAAUGUUGAAACUACUUACGACAUCAUGGAGAAACUCCAAGAAAUGUUUGGGCACAAGUCAUCGCAAGCUAGUUUCGAGGCUACCAAGAAGUAUGUGAAUUGUAGGAUGGCACCUGGCCAACAUGGUCAUGAUCAUUUCAUUAAGAUGAUGAAAUACUUCCAAGAAGUUGAGCUGCAUGGAGCAACAGCUGAUGAGAAGACUCAAGUUGGAAUCAUUCUCAACAACCUUGCACGUAGUUUCCUUAUGUUCACCACGAACUAUUUCUUUAACAAGCUAGACUAUGGAAUGACUCAGCUGUUGAAUGAGCUCCAGAUGUAUGAAGGAAUAAACAGUGGACCGAGUAAUGGACCUGAGAAGAAGGCUGCCACUAUCAGGGGCUCAAGGUGA